GGGCCGGCGCAGAGCGCGGGGGGUGAGCUGCGGCUCGGGUCCGGCUGCUCCGCGGGGCUGGGCGCGCGCGUUCUGGCGAGGCCCGCGGGCUCCCAGCGGGCGACCCAGCAUGGCGGUGGAGGAAGAGGGGCUCCGGGUGUUCCAGAGCGUGAAGAUCAAGAUCGGUGAAGCCAAAAAUCUUCCGACUUAUCCGGGGCCGAACAAGAUGCGAGAUUGUUACUGCACCGUGAACCUUGACCGGGAGGAAGUUUUCAGGACCAAAAUCGUGGAGAAGUCGCUCUGCCCCUUCUAUGGAGAAGACUUCUACUGCGAAAUCCCUCGGAGUUUUCGGCACCUGUCAUUUUACAUUUUUGAUAGAGACGUGUUCCGGAGGGACUCCAUCAUAGGGAAGGUGGCCAUUCAGAAAGAAGACUUGCCGAAGUAUCAUAACAGGGACACAUGGUUCCAGCUGCAGCAUGUGGAUGCAGACUCGGAAGUGCAGGGCAAGGUCCACCUGGAGCUGCGCCUGAGUGAGGUCAUCACUGACACGGGUGUCGUCUGCCACAAGCUGGCUGCACGCAUCCUCGAGUGCCAAGGCCUCCCCAUCGUGAAUGGGCAGUGUGACCCUUACGCUACUGUGACACUGGCAGGACCAUACAGAUCGGAAGCAAAGAAGACAAAAGUGAAAAAGAAGACCAACAACCCGCAGUUUGACGAAGUGUUUUAUUUUGAGGUGACCAGACCGUGCAGCUACAACCGGAAGUCCCACUUUGACUUUGAGGAGGAAGACGUGGACAAACUUGAAAUCCGAGUUGACCUCUGGAAUGCCAGCAACUUGAAAUUUGGAGAUGAGUUUCUGGGAGAGCUGAGGGUUCCACUGAACGUGCUCCGCCAGUCCAGCUCCUACGAAGCCUGGUACUUCCUUCAGCCCCGAGACAACGGCAGCAAGAGCCUGAAGCCGGGCGACUUGGGGUCCCUGCGGCUGAACGUGGUGUACACCGAGGACCACGUCUUCUCCUCCGAUUACUACAGCCCACUGCGGGACCUGCUGUUGAGGUCCGCGGAUGUGGAGCCUGUGUCAGCAUCCGCGGCCCACGUCCUGGGUGAGGUCUGCAGGGAGAAGCAGGAGGCCGCCAUCCCACUCGUGAGGCUCUUCCUGCACUAUGGCAGGGUGGUGCCGUUCAUCAGUGCCAUUGCCAACGCCGAGGUCCGGAGGACCCAGGACCCCAACACCAUUUUCCGAGGAAACUCACUGACGUCUAAGUGCAUUGACGAGACGAUGAAGCUGGCAGGGAUGCACUACCUGCACAUGACCCUGAAACCUGCCAUAGAGGAGAUAUGCCAGAGCCACAAAUCUUGUGAGAUUGAUCCUGUGAAGCUAAAGGAUGGAGAGAGCCUUGAAAACAACAUGGAAAACCUGCGGCAGUAUGUUGACCGCAUCUUCAACGUCAUCACCAAAUCGGGGGUGAGCUGCCCCACCGUCAUGUGUGACAUAUUCUUCUCUCUUCGAGAGGCGGCUGCCAAGCGCUUCCAGGAUGACCUGGAUGUGAGGUACACGGCUGUGAGCAGCUUCAUCUUCCUGAGAUUCUUUGCUCCGGCCAUUCUGUCCCCCAACCUCUUCCAGCUGACGCCUCACCACACAGACCCACAGACGUCUAGGACGCUGACGCUUAUCUCUAAGACCAUUCAGACUCUUGGCAGCUUGUCCAAGUCAAAAUCUGCCAGUUUUAAGGAAUCCUACAUGGCUGCAUUUUAUGAAUUCUUCAAUGAGCAAAAAUAUGCUGAUGCAGUAAAAAAUUUUUUAGAUCUGAUCUCAUCUUCUGGGAGAAGAGACCCUAAGAGUAUAGAGCAGCCCAUCCUGCUUAAGGAAGGAUUCAUGAUUAAGAGGGCACAAGGACGGAAGCGCUUUGGGAUGAAGAACUUUAAGAAAAGAUGGUUCUGCCUGACCAACCAUGAAUUUACCUACCAGAAAAGCAAAGGAGACCAGCCUCUGUGCAGCAUUCCUAUUGAGAAUAUUCUGGCAGUGGAGAAGCUGGAGGAGGAGUCCUUCAAGAUGAAGAACAUGUUUCAGGUCAUUCAGCCCGAGCGAGCGCUGUACAUCCAGGCCAACAACUGUGUGGAGGCCAAGGCCUGGAUCGACAUCCUCACCAAAGUGAGCCAGUGCAACCAGAAACGACUUACCGUCUACCACCCCUCAGCCUACCUGAAUGGUCACUGGCUGUGCUGUAGGGCCUCCUCGGACACAGCGCCUGGCUGCUCCCCCUGCACCGGCGGUCUCCCAGCAAACAUCCAGCUGGACAUUGAUGGGGACCGAGAAACGGAGCGAAUCUACUCUCUCUUCAACUCCUACAUGAGCAAACUGGAGAAAAUGCAAGAGGCCUGUGGAAGCAGAUCUGUGUACGACGGGCCCGAGCAGGAGGAGUACUCGACGUUCAUCAUUGACGACCCUCAGGAGACCUAUAAGACACUGAAGCAGGUCAUCACUGGGGUUGGGGCUCUGGAGCAGGAGCACGCCCAGUACAGAAGGGACAAGUUCAAGAAGACCAAGUAUGGGAGCCAGGAGCACCCCAUUGGAGACAAGAGCUUCCAGAGCUACAUCAGGCAGCAGUCUGAGACCUCCACCCAUUCCAUUUGAAGUCUGUAGGAGGUCCUGUCCAAGGACGGGCACCAGGAAGACCACCACCUUCGGGAAGGAGGGAACAAAGACAGGACAAAAGGGCAAGGGAUCCAUACUUGUUCCGCUCACAUAGAGCUCACACGCCAAGCUCCUGGGACUGGUGAACCUCCGCGGGCUGUGUCUGUGGUUGCCGUGCACUUUAUUCACACUGUGGCAGGUGACUGGAACCGGCCUUUCUGGAAUGAGCUGCUGGGGACACUGUGCCCUCUGUAGAGCUUGUACUUCUGUGUCGUGUGCACUUCUGCCAUUGCUGCGCUGCGUGGCGCUGUGCCCCUGGAGCCCUGUUCCUUAGCGUAUUCUGCUUCAGCGAGACCGGACAUUAAAUAGCAUCAUUCGUCUCCCGUGAGCCUGUUUAGGCGGCCGUGGGCCGUGGCCCUCCAGCUCCAGCCUUUGGUGUUUCUGUGAUUCCUGGCUGAAAGGUCGGUUUUGUGGCUUCAUUGUGCAUAAUGGCACAAAGAUCCGAAUUUGAGGAUGUUCUUGAUGUUUUGGAGGUACGGGAUCCUUCUGCAGAGAGCACUAGGGUGUUCCCACCCCCGUGGGCUGCAGACACUGCCAGAGCUGGCAAUGGGCUGAGGUCAGUGUCCACCCCAUCCCCUUCUGAGCAAAAGUUGUAGUUCUGCUGUCAGUGGAACUGCAGAGUACGAUCCACAUUAGCCACCACUUCUGGAGGUUUGCGGAAGGUUUUUAAAAUAGAAAUGUGCAUUAUUUUCAAGCUGUUUUUCUUAAUGUUUUUAAAGGACCAUUUCUCAUUAGGUCUUUGAUAUAAGGUACCUUGGAACAUCUAGACCUGUUCUCAUCAAAGGGCAGGGUGCCACAGGAGAGCCACAGAGGGAAGGAGGCGCAUCUCCUAGAAGCCAGUUAAAGGCCGUCCAGAGCACAUCAGGGAAAGUGAGGCCCUGAGCUGUGCAGACUUGGCUCCUCCUGAGCUGGAGGCUGUGUCUCUGUGAAGCCCCUGGGAGCUGCCAGGCAGUGGUGGGGUGCUUUUCUGUGGAGGUGGGGAUCCUGACAUGAGGCAGGCAGCCUUUGAGCUUUGGAGAGCGCUGUUCACACACACAGACCCUGUGCCCAUCUCUGCUUUUACUUGCAAACACUGUCCUGCAGAUUCUGAACGAUGGCAGUUAGUAACAUGUCUUGUCACAAAACGGUGAGGGAGAUGUUGCAAAAAAUAAACUUUGGGACACACAGCUAUGAGGCUGCACCAAACUGCAAUUUUUAACAUGGAUUUGUAACUUAAUGUUUCUGUUUAUAAGAUACUAAUGAUUUGCAAUGUAUUUUACUGGCCAAUUAAAACAGAUGUUUUAUUCUU